CGGUUCGGUUCAAAGGUGACCACGACGACGACGGCAACACAGUUGACCGUGAGCAUCGGUCCGGUAAGGAUGGUGUUGUACCUCACGUUUGAAAUAGGUCCCCCGAGUGCUCCGACCGCUUGGAGCCGCACGUAACGGCACGGCGCACGGCGUGAUGCCGAGCGGUGGCGACGCAAAAUGCCAUGUUCAAGCAGAGCCGUGCAGAGUGAAUGAUAAAAACGGUCUCCAAAUUGUGCGACGUACGACGAAAUCCUUGGCCUGCGAAUGCUAGUGGAAAGUGAUAAAAGCGAUUCAAAAGGACCACGCUCCGGAAGCUCUCCGCACCGACCGUACGUCUUGGUUCAACUAUCAACUAAAUCAAAGAUCAAAAAACUCUCCUCGUGCUUGUAGGGGUGUGCGAGUGUUUGGAUGUGUGCAGCAGGAACGUAAAUCCAUCAUGGUUCAGCAUUCCUCAAACACGGUUUCUUACGCCGAUUCGGUCAAGCAAACGCGGGCUCGAUAAUCCAUGACCGGAACCAAUAUUGGAAGCGUGGCGGUGAAAUCAUGCGAACGAUUUGAGUGGGAAAAAGCCGUGUGAAGCUUUCAGACAGCUUUCUAGGCUGCCGUUUCUGUUCUGCUUUCCGUUUUGCUUCCCUCUAUUUCGCUCACUCCGGCAUCCGGCCCAAUGCAAACGGUGAAGCUGGCGUAAAUAGGGAGUGAGAGAGUGUUUGUGUGUGGAAAGAAAGGCAAAAAUUCAGCGAAGAAAAAAGACAACAUCGACACCAGCAAAAUAAGAUAUCGUUACAGUAGAGUGGCUACAUCAUUGCACCAGCAAACAAAAUGCUACCGUGAGGCGAAAGUGAGAGCACAGCUGUGUGCCUAACUGUGUGCGUUGGUGCGUAUGUCUGUGGGUGUUUUGUAGUGUGUGCGUGCGUGCGUGUACGUUCCGCCAGCAAGUCGUGUGACGAACCCAAGCGUAAUAUUAAUCAAAACACAGCACAAUGAGCUCGACGGAAUUGGGAGAAUUUGUAAUAAAUGUCACCGAUGGACCGCACAGUCUGGCAGGUAAUGAGGAUGGGGCCAACAUCUCGACCGCAACAACCGCACACCUGCUGUACUGUGGCAAGGCGCUGGAUGAUUUCCACACCAGCUACGCCAAAGCGCACGGGAUCGUCUGCCUGCUGGUGUGCAUCUUUGGCAGCAUUGCCAACACGCUCAACAUUGUGGUGCUGACGCGGCGCGAGAUGCGAUCGCCGACCAACGCCAUCCUGACCGGGCUGGCGAUCGCCGAUCUGCUCGUCAUGCUCGACUACAUGCCCUACGCAAUCAACUCCAUCCCGUACCUGCGGCUGUCGCGCGAGGAGCGGCUCACGUACGGCUGGGCCUGGUACAUCAUGUUCCACUCGAUCUUCGCCCAGAUCUGCCACACGAUCUCGAUCUGGCUGACGGUGACGCUGGCCAUCUGGCGCUACAUUGCCGUCGCCUACCCGCAGCGCAACCGCCAGUGGUGCGACAUGUCCAAAACGCUGGCCGCCAUCUUCAGCUCCUACGUCGUGUGCCCGUUUCUGGCCGUACCGAUCUACCUCUCCUUCAGCAUCCAGUCGAACGUGGAGCUGCUCGGGUGCGACGGCAACACGCUCACGCCGGACGCCAUCGGCAAUGUUUCGCAGGGCCGCAACGUGACGCUGUACCGGCUCGGUACGUCCCAGCUGGUGCGCGAUAAUCCGGCCCUGCUGAACGUGAACUUUUGGAUCUACAGCGUCGUGUUCAAGCUGAUACCGUGCAUCGCGCUGACCAUCCUCAGUCUACGGUUGAUCGGUGCGCUGCUAGAGGCAAAGCAGCGCCGCAGCCAACUGACCGGCACGGCCACUGGCCUGAAGCAGAUCGUCGACGGCCGGGUGGUGGACGCAAAGGCCGGCAAGCAGACGGACAAGGAGAAGCAGACGGACCGGACGACGCGCAUGCUGCUCGCGGUGCUGCUACUGUUUCUCAUCACCGAGUUCCCCCAGGGCAUCCUUGGCUUGCUGAGCGCCGUGCUGAAGAAGGACUUUUUCUUCAACUGCUACCUCAAGCUCGGUGACGUGAUGGACGUGCUGGCGUUGGUCAACUCGGCGAUAAACUUCAUCCUCUACUGCUCGAUGAGCCGCCAGUUCCGCAGCACGUUCAACGAUCUGUUCCGCCCGCGCAUCCUGGACCGGUGGAUGGCGGUACCGCAAGGGGACAACGAGCAGGCGGGCCGGGGCCAGCACCAGGACGCAGCGACAACGCAGAUUACUCAGAUAUAGCGCACGCCGGGACGUCCUAACAGUCAUUGCCACGGUUGCUUUGGCCAGUUUGCGAACGCACUGGCGGGAGUUCUAAUUAGCAAUCGGCAAACAUCGAACCGUGACGACUGUGCAAUGCUCUAGCGACGUCCCACCCCAGCACUCCUAUAAGCACUGUGUCUGUGUGUGUGUGUGUGUGUGUGUGUGUGUGUGUUUGUGCAUCCGUUUUUACCAGUCUGCCAGCUCUACCACUACACUAACGUACUUCUCCGGCACCGUAUGCAAGCAAGCAAGGCAAACUGCUUGUCCGUUUUCGGCCCGUCUAAUUACUACGCUGUGGUGAGCAGGUCCCGUGGCGCUUGCACUACUGUUUGGCGAUUAGUCGAAACUAUUAGCAGAUAAUGAACACAACUAUCCACAGUGUACACACACACACACAUACACAUAGACGCACACUCACAUACUGGGCACAAAUGAAAUCGAACCAUCGAAAUGAAUGGGUUUUCUAUUGAAACAAAAUAAAAAACUGUUGCUUCCGUGUUACUACCGCUUUGUCGCGCAUUGGGCAGGAUUGACUAUUUAUUCGUAAACGUACACACACACACUAACGAACGCAAAACGAACUAGCAAACUAUUAUAGGCGGUUUAAUGUAGGAUGAUAGGUAUGGGUAAGUGUUUCGUUUGGUGCAGGUUGUAGCGGUGAAACAAAUGCAAACACACAGAAAGAGAGACAACAAAAGUGAUUGGCAAGGUCAGAUUCCCCGGUCUGUCGGUACGGAUCGGGCUUGUUUCGGGCGGCUUUGCUGUUUAGGGUACACUACACAGUUACGUUCAAUGUUCACCGCAAACGAUACCAAACCGGCACACACACAAGCGGUGAUACGUGUCAUUCAUUCGAUUCUAAAUACGCAAAUGUUGUACAAAAAUGUUUUGGUAAUUUCAGUGAAGUUUGCCUGGAAAGCUGCACAAUGGCUGCAAAUGACACUGCUUUGGUUUACGAUUAAGCGCAUUCGAGGGCGAAAGGGAGAACCGUAGUAGAUAUAGUUUUAGCAAACUAUCGUUAAGUAGAGUUCACAACUAUGUGUAUUAUAUUUUGAUGUUACUUAUAUUUGUGAGAAAAAAAAACACACAAGCAAAAAAAAAACCGUUGCGUUGAUCAAUAAAUGCCUUUGAGAUUAAA